UAAAUGCCUUUAAAAUAUUAUGGCUAGCAAGCACAUUAUAAUUUCAUUACUGAACGGCAAAGUAAACAUUUUAUUUUGGCUUUCUAAGUGCACAUCCUGGACUUAACUACAUUUCUCAUAUACCCUUCAACAACUCUUUAAUUUAUUUAUUUCCGUAAUGGCUCGGCAUAGAACAAUACGCAACAACAAAAGUUAUGACUAUUCUGAUGAUGAUGACGUGUACGGACAGUCCUAUGAAGAUGACUAUGGUGUGUCUCCUGGAACAAUGGCCCAGUAUUCAUACUCUCGAUCCAGAGGCAAGGAAGUUCAAAUAAGCUCCUAUAUGCCCUCGGAGGAGACUGUUGAGGAGGAAAUAUGGGAAGAUGAUGUUUGUUUUGCAUCUUCCGCUGCACAUCAGCGUCAUCGUUCCAGUGGUUCCGUGGACACAAGCACCGUUGAGCCACUUAUAUUAGAUGCGUGUUUGGAGCAAAUUAGGGAUGCUGUGGGUGAAAGCUACUCGGAAAACCAAAUGAGACUCGCCUCUGUUAAGUUCCAGUGUAAUUAUGAAAAAGCAAUCGACUAUUUGCUUAAUCUUUCCAACAGUGAACCUGGCAGCUCACAGGGGAAAUCUAAAACUGCUGCUGAAAAACAAGUAGCUCAGAAUUCUAAUGAUGAAGUGGGGUUGCCUCAAAGAUUGCCCCGCACAAGCGGACGUGGAAAGUCUGUUUUAGUGAUAACAAAGCAAGAUGACACUUCUAAACAUCUCGCCUCACCAAUUCCCGCUAAAAAGAAUGAGUUAAAUGUGACAAAAGUGGAGUCCAACUCAACAACUCCAGUCAAAACCGGUUUUGUAAUGUCUCCGAAUCGAUUAAAUCAACCCAAAACACCUGUACCUCAUAUGAACGGAGGUCUAGAUCCAGAAGCAAAGUCUUCUUCACAGCAAGAAUCAAAACCUGUUUCUCUUUUGACACCCAACAGGAAGAACAAACUUCAAUCUACCCCCGUUUCAACUCCCAGCAAACAAAACAAAUCAACCAUCGAUUACAAGAAAGAAUAUGAAAAGCGUGAAAUAGAUGAGAAGCCACAGAUAAGCUUGGUGGUGAUAGGUCAUGUAGAUGCUGGCAAAUCAACCAUGAUGGGACAUCUCUUGUACCAGCAAGGUGUUGUAUCAAAGAGACUUAUACACAAGUAUGAACAGGAAUCCAAGAAAAUAGGCAAAUCGUCAUUCGCAUAUGCAUGGGUGCUUGACGAAACUGGUGAAGAAAGAUCACGCGGAGUUACAAUGGAUGUUGCUCAUAAUAGAUUUGAAACCGAACAUCGAGUCAUCACUUUAAUGGAUGCACCAGGACAUAGAGAUUUUAUUCCCAACAUGAUUACAGGUGCCUCAGAGGCAGACGUUGCUGUAUUAGUGAUUGGAGCAAGCACAGGAGAGUUUGAAGCUGGCUUUGGCAUCGGUGGACAAACUCGUGAACAUGCACUGCUUAUUCGAUCACUAGGUGUCUCACAACUUGCAGUUGCUGUGAAUAAACUCGACACUUUAAAUUGGAGUCAAAAGAGAUUUAUUGAAAUUGUUGAAAAAAUGAAACAAUUUUUAAAGCAAGCUGGUUUUAAAGAUAGUGAUGUUACAUAUGUCCCUGUGAGUGGUUUACUUGGGGAAAACCUCAUCUCAAAGGCCACAGAUCCCCAACUAACGUCGUGGUAUAAUGGUCCAUCACUAAUUGAUGUAAUUGAUAAAUUCCGAGCCCCACAAAGACCAAUUGAGCUUCCGUUCCGAUUUUGUGUGAAUGAUGUUUUUCGUGGACAAGGUAGUGGAAUUUCAAUCAAUGGUAAAAUAGAAUCUGGUGGAAUCAGCCCCGGUACCAAGGUCAUAGUAAUGCCUGCCGGUGAAAAGGGAUUAAUCAAAGGAGUUGAAUCUAAUGAUGGAAUUUCCAAUGCUGAGUUUGCAUUGGCUGGUGAGCAUGCCACACUUACAUUACAUGGAGUGGAUAUUAUGAAAGUCACCACUGGAAGUGUAAUCUGUGAUAUUGACAAUCCAAUUCGUGCAAUAACUCGUCUGCAAGCAAGGGUGAUAGUUUUUAAUAUUGAAGUUCCGAUCACGCGAGGAUUUCCCGUCGAACUCCAUUACAAAUCCGUCCACGAGCCAGCGGUGAUCCGCAGGUUGUUAAGUCAACUUCAUAAAAGCACCGGUGAAGUUAUUGCGAAAAAACCAAAGUUUAUUUUAAAGGGUCAAAAUGCUCUUGUUGAAGUAGAGCUUACUCGACCGGUAUGCCUGGAAGAAUAUAGUUCCCUCAAAGAGCUUGGCAGAUUCACAUUAAGAUAUGGUGGUUCUACUAUCGCAGCGUGUGUGGUAACGCAGCUGUUGCGCUAGUCACAAUUCUAUACAACCGGAUUUUAACUUGGGUAAUGUCAGUUGAAGUCAAUAGCGUCUCGAAUCCUAGGUUAACAUUUUUUUGGGACAUUUACUGUUAUGUUUAAAGUUGGUUUUAGCUACAACACCGCGCAUCGUAUUUAUUGUCAUGAUCAUUAUUUGAAACUGUGAUUAAUGUUCAUAUUAAUUUUGUGAAAAUACGGGGGACUUAGCGUGUACAGCUGUUGACUGUUUUUCAAAAUUUGUUGCAAAAUUAUGAUUGUUAUACGGGCGGUAAAAAGUCUGUGGGUAAAUAAUCAUUUACUAAAUGUCAGGCAAGGUAUUUACAAACCGAAAUGGGCAAAAGAAAAUAUUUUUGCACCGGCACAUAUUUUUUAAUUAUUAGGUAAUUUUUGCUAGAUUAAAUAGUGCUUUAUUUUAAGGAUAUAAAACACUCGUUAUGGUGUAAACGCUGCUCUUGUUAGACUGAAAGCCUUCCAUGCAUUUACGGUCUGGUUUACACUGUUUUGCAUUUUGCCGUUUAAUUGUCAUGACAUGGUUAUCUAUUCUGGAAUUGUUUGGUGAAUUACUGUUUUGUCUGGUCGGUACUUUAAUGUUUGGAUUCGCGCGUUGUGGUAUAUAUAUAUAGAAAUUUAUCGGUGCAAUGGUUAUUGCGUUUCUAGCACUCUACAGCGAUCUCCCAAGUUUCGGAGUGUUUCACCUUAUACAGUAAAAAUGACAUAAUUUGCCGUUA